GAACUCUGUAGACUUCCUUUUAUUACAGGGUUUGAUGGCGGAGAGCGGUAGAUAGCGGGGGAAGAGUUGUGUUUCGCCCACUUUGGCCAUACUGAACCCGUAGCUUAACCCACUUUAGAGACGGUGCUUUUUCAAGUUUGAUUGACUUGUGCAUCAGGUGGUUAUAUUUUGGAGCGAUUUUUCUCCUGUUGUGGACGGACCCGGACCCGGUUCUGCAUAUUUUUUUUCCCUUCUUGUUACUUUUGUUGUGGCUGUAGCUGGUCCUUGUAAAGUACCACCAGUCGAUGGCUCUGAUGGACAAACACAAAGUCAAGCGACAGAGACUGGAUCGCAUCUGCGAAGGCAUUCGCCCACCCAUCUUAAACGGGCCCAUGCACCCUCGUCCUCUGGUGGCGCUCCUGGAUGGCCGGGACUGCACGGUGGAGAUGCCCAUCCUGAAGGACGUGGCCACUGUGGCCUUUUGUGAUGCUCAGUCUACUCAGGAGAUCCAUGAAAAGGUUCUUAACGAGGCUGUGGCUGCAUUACUGUAUCACACCAUCUCACUGUCACGAGACGACCUCGACAAGUUUAAAGGGCUUCGUGUUAUUGUGAGAAUUGGCAGCGGAUACGACAACGUGGACAUUAAAGCUGCAGCAGAGCUCGGUAUCGCAGUGUGUAACGUGCCAGCUGCAUCUGUGGAGGAGACAGCGGACACUUCCAUGUGCUUGAUCCUGAACCUUUACCGCCGGGUCACCUGGAUGCAUCAGGCCUUGCGUGAGGGCACUAGGGCCUCCAGCGUUGAGCAAAUCAGAGAGGUGGCCGGAGGAGCUGCUCGCAUCCGAGGGGAGACGCUAGGCAUCAUUGGCCUUGGACGUGUUGGCCAAGCAGUGGCUUUGAGGGCAAAGGCGUUUGGUUUUGGGGUGAUUUUCUACGACCCUUACCUGCCUGAAGGAGUAGAAAAAUCCCUGGGGCUCCAGCGCAUGGCCACGCUGCAGGAUCUGCUCAUUCAUUCAGACUGUGUGUCCCUGCACUGCAGCCUGAAUGAACACAACCACCACCUCAUCAACGACUUCACUAUCAAACAGAUGCGUCAGGGUGCAUUCCUGGUGAACACUGCACGAGGGGGAUUGGUGGAUGAGAAAGCUCUGGCUCAGGCACUGAAAGAAGGCAGAAUACGUGGCGCAGCACUCGACGUCCACGAGGCGGAGCCAUUUAGUUUCUCACAGGGGCCUCUAAAGGAUGCACCUAAUCUGAUCUGCACGCCCCACACAUCCUGGUACAGUGAGCAGGCCUCCAUUGAGGCGAGGGAGGAGGCAGCGCGGGAAGUACGCAGAGCCAUCACAGGUCGUAUUCCUGACAGUCUAAAGAACUGUGUGAAUAAGGAGUAUCUGAUGCCAGCUUCCCAGUGGCCGUCUAUGGAGUCUGCCUCUGUUCACUCUGAACUCAACGGAGCAGGAUACAGGUUUCCGGCGGGUCUGAUUGGUGUAACCCCGGGAGCUCUUCCUGGUGCGGGCGCAGGAGUAGAGGCCAUGGUGGCAGGCACGCUGCCCCUAGCCCAUCCCCUCGCCCCGGUCUCACACCCACCACACACCCCCUCACCUGGGCAGCCAACCAAGGCAGAGGCUGACAGAGAUGUCCCUUCUGACCAAUAGCAUCCCAACACAUUCCAUCGUUGCCCCAGCGAUGCCCUUUUCCCCUUUUUCUAGGGCUUAAUCCAUGCCGAUGCCCUGCUUUUUUGACGUAACACCCGGGUCAACCCAGUCAAACAGAACACACAAGUCCAGACCCGACCCACUCAAAAACAUUUCCCCCAACUUCUCUCCUUCCCUUCCUUUGUUGUUGUAUCUGUUUCUUUUUCCACCUGUGCAGCAAGCAAUAACUCUUUUUCUCAAGGAUUCAGUAAUUGAGUUGUUUUUGUUAGUAUUAGAAAACCCCUUUUUAUUUUUAUGCCUUUUUUUGGAUCUGGACUAAGAGUUUGUUUCUGAGUAGUGUGUUACUACUUGCGUUCUGUUUGUCCAGCUAAUUUAGCAGUAUAGUAAAGAAUACCUGAACCGUUUUUAUUUCACCCUCCCAUGCAUACGUUUGUUACCCCCCUCCCCCCCCCCCCUUUUUUAUGGUAUCGUGUUCACCCUUGAAGCAAAGUGGAAAAGCUGGCUUAAGUCAUUGAAUUUUUUUUUUUUUUAUUUUUUUUUAACCACAAUUCCAAUGGACAGCUAACAGUAGCCACACCUAUCACCGAACCGGAUUCGAACGAUAAGAGAAACAAUGUGUCGUCUGUCUGUGCCUGAGAGUAACUCAGUGGCGAUCUCGGACACUUUGGGUUCCACUUCUCCCUUCAUGUUGAGGACUUCAUACCCUCUCUGUCUGAAACAUGGCUGAGGGAACACACUCAUUACCUGUAAACUUGUUGGGUAUCUGUUCAGUCAUCUGCUUCACUAUAUCAGUAAUGUAUGGCUAAAUGACAUAUAGGUCUCUGUAAGAGCAUCAUAAAUAUGACAUUUGUGUACAGCUUUUUACUGAAGUCUGAUCGCUUUUCCACAACCACAGAGUGAAAUCCCCUAGACUUUAUUCAUGUAGAUGUAUGAAAUCUCUAUUUUGUGUGUGUGCAUCUCUGAACUUCACAAUGAUUUAUGAUUCUCUUAUAAAGACCAUGUGAUUGGGAAUAUUCACUAAGCUGUGUCUUUACACUUUACUUUCAUUGUUAUUUUUAUACAAACUGGGGGAAAGAUAUGGAAGCACAUUUUCAGGUGUCUGAAAAGGCAGUGUUCCACUUGUAGGUUUUCGUAUUACUUUAACUGUCAUGAUCCUUUGCUUCUUUUCUUUUUCUGGUGGGAUAUUUUUUUUAUUAUUAUUAUUAUUAUUACUUUGGGACUUUUGUUCUCUUCUAAAAUAUAGACAACCUUCACCUUGAUAUGCCUAGCUCCUUUAUUUUUUCUUAUCUUUCCAUUCUUCCUGGAUGUGCCUCCCUGGGUGGUUCAGCUUUUUCACAAUGACCUUUGGUUCAUGUUUGUGUUUAUCUCCCGUUAGUCCUUCUUUCUGGUACUCCUUUUCCCAUGACAUCACUGUAAGUAAGGAGUCGGGCUGCUCACACCCUGCCAGUGAUGAUCGGUCUCCUAUACACACAGUCACACACGCGUGCACAAGCUUGCAUAUACUCAUCUAUAGCCGUCUUCUUGAAUGGCUCCUGUUCAGCAAUGGGUUUGCAGACAUGCAAACAUCUUGGGUGUAUUUUUUUCCCUUUUAUCUUUUGAACACUGAUUUCUGUAGUAAAAUGAUAUGGCCAUUAGGGGUCAGUGACAGUGUAUUUCUGAGGCCAGCCCUGUCUCAGCAUUUCAUCGUACCUGCUGCGCUUCAGCCAUGCAGUCAUCCUCGCUCAGAAGUGAUCAGUGCUUUUUUCGAUUAAGGCAUUGUGCUUUUAGAGAGGGAAGCAGGAAAACCAUACUGCAUCACUCCAUCCUCCGACAGACCAUGUGGCUGACUUCCAAAGAUUCAGAAAGGAGCUGUCAGGCACAUAUAUCCCUUUAUCAGUAAGAAGUGCAAACAUAUCGACGUUAGCCGUUUAUGUAUAUUUUUUGCUUUCUCUUGUAUUCGUUAACCCAACUUUGUACUCAACACAAGGAGUGUAGUGAGGUUUGGGGUGAGCGUUUGGAUGGAGCCAGUUUGCUGACAAACCAGUAGGGGUAUCGUCAUCCCCUCAAGAUGAGUCUCUUGUAUGGAAAGUGUUCUGCGUCAAGGGAAACCCGUUUCUAGUACCUCAGUAACAGAUAUUGAAUGUAUGAUCAACUUGUUCUUUUUCUUUGUACAGCUUCGUUUUAGAUUGUACUUUGGAAGCCAUUGUGGAUGUGUAUGCGCUUUAUUUAACACAUCUAACAAGAAUAUGCCCCUCAAUAGAAUCCUUUUUCUUUAGCAUAUGCUAGCAUCCGGUAGUUUAGAGUUGGACUCGCAAGGCUUUAAUAUGAGAACUUUCCCUGUAUUUGAUUAGUCAUGAAUGAGCACAAAUUUGCAUCACUGCAUUAUUGUAGGGAGUGUAUAUGUACCAGUGAGGUGUAAGAUGGAUUUGGAGACUCAAAUAAGCUAGGUGAUAGUACGUGGGUGUAAAACUCUAACAGAAUGGUAUAAGAACAUUUGAGAGAGAUGUUCGCUGUGGUGAAGAUUUGCUCUAAUCCUGAGGUGAAAUUGCUGUUUUUCACACAUUGUCUUGAAAAAUCCAACAAUCAGAAUCAAUCUAGGUUUUGUGCAUGAAAUGUCUGUUACCGUGCAAAUUCUGCGUUUUAGUUAUGCUUUUCUAUCUAGAUGGCCCUUGAUGGACUGAUUAUUCUCAUGGAAUAGUGUCUGUCGUGUGAGCUUGAACCAAGACGUCAUGCUUUUUUUUUUUUGGUAAUUUGGUGUCCCCUAAUGUCUGUCCUUUUAAAAAAAUUAUCUUCAAUUUUUUUCUUUGAUGUAUGUAAUAUUUCUGAACGCUAUGAUUUUCUUCAGGCUUGAACAUCAGCAGUGUGGGUUUUUUUAUUUUUUAUUUUUUUUAUUUUAUAUAUGUAUGUAUUUUUGUGUGCUCUACAUGUUGUAUGGAAACAUUUCAAAAAGAUCUUUUCUUCCCAGCAUUCUUUUAAGGUCCUUUCUCCAGCUCGUCCAAAGGGCCCUAGGUUCCAGGUUUUCUUUCACCUUAUGACUGUAGUAGCCUUAAAUUCAUACAUUAUGGUGGACUUGGUCUCCCACCACCAUCCCCAACCUGUGUUUUCGAUGAGGAGAUGUUCUACUUUUUAGCCAAUCUGAGUUAAAAGUUCACAGCUCUGUCUGUUAGACGUGUAUUUUACAGAGAACCUGACUGGUUUUGAUUUCGAGGUGUGAAACCCGGAGUUAUCACUUAAAGCCAGUCCACAAAUAGAUAGAUGCAUUGGGUUUGGAGCAGUCACUUUCUCUCUCAGGGUUCAAAAUGCACACACACACCCUCCAGCAGUCUGUAGGUCAAUCCUCUCUUGAAACUCAUGCAUCAAGAUCAUUCAGAACAGAUCAUACUCCUGACAGUCUCUUCAAGCUAAGCUUUGUCCUUUUUUUCCCCCCAUUUUCUGUUGCAUAUUUCUCGCACUGACAUCUAACAAUGAAAGAAUGAAUGUUUUAAUUGAACUGUGUGUAACAUUGAACUUGGGAAAUGUAUUUUUACAACAUGUGAACUUUUUAUUCCUUUCUUUCACCACCUUUCUUUUCUUUGUAAAUUGACCCCCUUCCCAACACCAGACUGCAAAAACUACAAAAAGUAGAAAAAAAAAACCUCUUGUAACUAGGCUCUUAAGCUUUACUUUUGCUUUUGUUUUCUUUUUUUAUAUUAGAAAACAAUCAUGUUUGUGAUGGUAACCUCUGAUGGUAAAUUCCACAAGGUAUUUUAAUAAAAUCCUAAAGAUUA